AUGACAGCAAUGGAAGGGGCCAGCGGGUCGAGUUUUGGGAUAGACACGAUUUUGUCCGGAGCCGGUUCCGGCAGCCCCGGCAUGAUGAACGGGGAUUUCCGAUCGCUCGGUGAAGCGAGGACAACGGAUUUUAGGAGCCAGGCCACCCCGUCACCCUGCUCGGAGAUUGAUACCGUGGGAACGGCGCCCUCUUCACCUAUCUCGGUCACCCUGGAACCCCCGGAGCCGCAUCUUGUGACAGACGGACCCCAGCAUCACCAUCACCUCCACCAUGGCCAACAGCCGCCGCCACCAUCCGCGGCCCCAGCGCAAAGUUUGCAGCCUUCGCCCCAACAGCAACCACCGCCGCAACCGCAGUCUGCAGCCCAGCAGCUGGGCUCGGCCGCCGCGGCCCCCAGGACUUCCACCUCUUCCUUUUUAAUUAAGGACAUCUUGGGAGACAGUAAACCCCUGGCGGCUUGUGCACCCUACAGCACCAGCGUUUCUUCUCCUCAUCACACUCCGAAGCAGGAGAGCAACGCAGCGCACGAGAGCUUCAGGCCAAAACUGGAGCAGGAGGAAGGCAAAACCAAGCUGGACAAGAGGGAAGACUCCCAGAGCGACAUCAAAUGCCACGGAACAAAGGAGGAAGGAGACCGGGAGAUUACAAGUAGCCGAGAGAGUCCCCCCGUGAGAGCCAAGAAACCUCGAAAGGCCAGGACAGCUUUCUCAGACCACCAGCUCAACCAGCUGGAGCGUAGCUUUGAGCGGCAGAAGUAUCUAAGCGUCCAGGACCGCAUGGACCUGGCUGCCGCGCUCAACCUCACUGACACCCAAGUCAAGACCUGGUACCAGAACCGCAGAACCAAGUGGAAGCGGCAGACUGCCGUGGGCCUGGAGCUGCUAGCCGAGGCCGGGAACUACUCCGCGCUGCAGAGGAUGUUUCCGUCGCCUUAUUUCUAUCACCCAAGCCUGCUGGGGAGCAUGGACAGCACGACGGCGGCGGCGGCGGCCGCGGCCAUGUACAGCAGCAUGUACCGAACUCCUCCAGCACCCCAUCCGCAGCUGCAGCGGCCGCUGGUGCCCCGUGUGCUCAUCCACGGCCUGGGACCUGGGGGACAGCCGGCCCUCAACCCUUUGUCCAACCCCAUUCCAGGCACCCCGCAUCCCCGGUGA